AUGCGGAUCGUGAACAACUUGCUAAACGACCAGGUAGGUUUGUGAUUUGUAAACUCACUACCACUUAUCUGAGAUGAUUUUAGACUAACAAUAGUAAAUCUUACGAUAAAGUAGAACAUUAACUUUGAUGUUUUUAGAAAUAACGCCUCUAAAGACCAAGUUUAUCCCAAAAAGAGAAACUGAACAAGGCAAAGUCUUUGGCAUGGGGUACCCAUCUCUACCUUCUCAAACGGUCAACGAAUGGUAUGAACAACAAGUCAGUUCUGGCCGAUUUAAAACCCAAAAAUCAGUAACAAUAACUGGAAACGAAGAUGAGAAACACGAAUCUGAAGACGAAGAUGCAGGCCCAGAAGCCCUAAGGGAUCAGCGUGAUGAAGAGAAGAGACAAAAAGACAUGAGGAUGGACGAGUACAAGGAUACCCACCCACGAGGCUGGGGGAACAUGUACGGAAAAGGGUAA